CAUUUUCUCUCUCUGUUCCUUUUAUAUUUUCUCGAGAAAAUCAAGAAAGAAAAUCGCCAUUGUUGCUUUCUCGGAGAAAAUCAGUCAACGAAAUCAUGGAGAUGGAUUCAUCAGAGGUUCAAGAAGUGGAGAAACUCGAAGAAAUUGAUCCAGAUCUCUCAGACUCAGGUACAGAGGAAUCUGAAGAGGAGAUACUCAACGAAACUUCUGUUUCAGCUUUUGAUAUGAUACUAAAGUCUCUGUGGAACAUUAGAGUUUUCUUAAGCACUUUGUUGAUGGAUUAUGUUCAAGAAGCAAAUCAGAGCCUCACAAAUGAUGAAUCUGUUCCUCUACAAGACAUUCUUCGUAUUUUCCUACUCAACAAUCUCAGUCUCACUCAUCCUCUGGUUUGGUCGCAUGGAGAUCUAUACGACUGUGUAGCUUAUGAAAAUGAUAGAUGGGUCAGACAUUUUUGUUCUGAGAUGGAGGUUAUUGGAGACUGGGAUGGUGUUCUCAGCAUUUUUCAAGAACUGCAUAUUCGACCUGAGAUUCUAUUCUUUGAAAACGCUAUGCCGAGGGACCAGAUGUUUUCCGAGCAGGGAUCUGAAGACUGAAUAGAAGCUUUUUCAAUGGUGUAGGAAAGGGAUUCAUGUAUGAAGUCAAAAACUUUAUAGGAGUUAGUAUAGAACGAUUAAUGAUUUUGAUUGUGAACAGAUUUGUCUGUGUUUUCUUCAGCCCAAAUUUAGCACCAUGAUUGUUAUGAUCAU